UUCAAAACUUUUUUUCUGGACUUGUUUAACUUAAAUUAGGCAAGUAAUUAUAUGUAAUGAAACUAUCCUGCAAAGGAUGCGAGCAUACUAAGAGUGUUAUGAACUUUUCCAAAGUUACAGUACGGUUUGUGUGGAGGACAACAUAGUAUUUUUGCCGACUCUCCUCUGUGUGUUCAAUAUUGCAGAGGAGGAAAACGGGGCCAGAGUGUGGACGAACGUAUUGUACCGGGGUCCACAUACCGACUCCUCUUUGAGCGACAAAACAGUUGCACGGGUAAAGUAUCACAGCUCCAGAUCGCUUUAAGUACACAGAUUACUCUGACGUCAUGGCGGUCAACAUACCAGGCAUCGUGGCCGUGGUUGUGUUCUACGUUGCCAUCCUGGUCAUCGGAGUGAUAGCCGGCCGGAAGACCAGCAAGAGCACGUCCAACGAGGCUGUUCUGGUGGCAGACAGGAGCUUGGGGAUGAUCGUCUCCAUCUUCACCAUCACAGCGACUAUGGUUGGUGGCGGUUACAUCAACGGCUCGGCAGAAUCAGCAGCAAGCAAUGGGUUACUACAGACGCAAGCCCCAGUCGGAUAUUGCUUUGCUUUGCUUAUUGCGGCCUUCACAUAUGCCCCCAAGAUGCGACAAGGCGGCUACAUCACGAUGUUUGACCCUUUCCAGCUCAAGUACGGCAAGAAGGUGGGCGCCAUCUUGUUUAUCCCACAAUUCCUCGGAGACCUUUUCUGGGCAGCUGCGACCCUCGCGGCUCUAGGAGCUACCAUCUCCAUUAUCUUGGACAUGAACGCCACUCUAGCAAUCAUCCUGUCUGCUGCCGUGGCCAUCAUCUAUACCUUCCUGGGAGGCCUAUACUCCGUGGCAUACACUGACGUCAUACAGCUCAUCUUUAUCGCUGUUGGACUGGUGGUGGCUUUCCCGUUCGCCCUGACGAACUCGGCCGUGGACCUGAGUAGGGUGUCCGACACCUACGUAGGAACAGUGCCAGUCUACACGCUAGGGGCUUACAUCGAUACCGCACUGCUCUGUGUCUUUGGGGGCAUACCAUGGCAGGCUCUUUACCAACGUGUUCUGGCGUGUAAAGACUUGCGUGUGGCCAAAGUGUCUACCUUAGUGGCCAGUGUGUUCAGCUUCAGCCUCGCGGUACCUCCAGUCAUCAUGGGGAUCGCUGGCUCUGCUGCAGUCCACCGAGAAAGAACUUAUGUGGGUACUUCGUAUCACAGUGCUGGUUGUCGGUGUGCUGGGUACGCUGAUCGCAAUUUUCUCCAACACGAUCUACGGCCUGUACCUCCUGUGUUCUGACCUCAUGUACGUCGUCCUGUUCCCACAACUGACUCUUGUCCUGUGGAUGGAAAACUCCAACGCCUACGGCAGCCUCACAGGCUUCGUGGUCUCUCUAUCUCUUCGAUUGCUCUCCGGGGAACCUGUGCUCGGAUUACCUCCCCUUCUCAAGUAUCCGUUCUUCGAGGAAGGUGCGGGGAUACAACUCUUCCCUUUCAGGACGUUUGCGAUGCUCAUGGGCACGAUUUGUAUCGUGGUUGUCUCCCUUGUGACCAACAAACUCUUUGUGGACGAGAUUAUACCCCGAAAAUAUGACGUAUUGAAGUGUUACAGACAGCGCACGUGCAAGAGGAGAUACAGCGUCACAGACUUUUAUGUGCACGGGAAGGAGAAUGGGGAACCAAUGAUGGCUCUUAAUGACGAGAAGGCCAAUGAGGCUGAGAAGCUUUAACGUUCGCACCACAGUUCUGAAUUUUAUCUCUUAUACCAGAGGUCAACAAAUUUGUUUCAAAGUGGGCCGGAUUACUGAAAGAAUGCCGAACGAGAGCCGGACAGCUAUUUUGUUUAGUACAGUACACUGAACGCUUAAUAAAUACAUUAGUUAAAAUGUAUGAAGUCUAUAAAAGUACGAUAAAUUUACGCUUAAGAAGCUGGUGGUUGCAGGGCGCUACUGGUAGGGGCUAAUUAAUUCUGACUUUCCCUCAGUUGGUUCUGUCUGUGUGUCUUAAUUUUCCAUCCCUAAAAGAUCAUUAUUGUGUCGAUGUACUACUCCUUUAUCCAAACAAAUAAACAAACACAUGCCAUUUAGAGUUCAAUGAAGUGAUUACAUUACAGUACAAACACAUAUUCCAAGCUGUUCCCCCCCCCCCACUCCGUGGUGCCAAGGCGGCCGGCUAUAAAUUGGUUACCCCAGGCUAAAGCAAAUCAAUCUCGUGUAUAAAAUAGACACAAACAAGACGUACAGACAGCAAACGACAACACUCAAACAGUAUGUUUAAAAAAGUUGCAUAGUAGAAUUCCCCGUACGAUUUGCAACUCGGGCGAAGAAAUGAUAUACUUCAUCGUUGACGAUGCCCUUGUAUGCAUGCAACAUUACUUCCAGAGUGAAACAGUGACUACUGCUGAAACUUGCACUAAGUUUACUUCACAGUCGAAAGGAAGCAUGACUUUUAAAAUGUAGACGCUAACAAUUGGACAUUUUUCUGACGUGUUUUAUGGAGGUUUGGAACUGUUCUCAGUGACGUCAUAAAGAAGAUGACAGCAUUGCUCACUCCAAAGACAGAACACUUGCUUUCACGACAGAAUACUGGACGAUAACUACACGUGUACUGAAACGUCACUUCUGAGCUAUUUUUCACCUUCUUAUUUUGUAUGACUGUUACAUCAGUGUUACAACCUUACACUUUAUGACCAAAGUUUUGCUGUGUGGUCUAUAGUAUGUUAAUGAUCUAAUAUUCCUUUCAGAGCUUUAGAGGCGGGACCUCCAGUUUAACGUCCUUUUUAUACAAGAUUGUGUUCAGUUGUGCAAAAACCAUGGAAACUGCUUCAACAAUCGGAGUGCUGUUACAUGUAACAGCAACAUUGAUUCGUACAGGGCAGGCAGCCGCGCAUGUCACCUUGAUACCAACUGAGCUCCAACCUCCGGCUUUUCCUUCAUACACCGUGACUCUAUUUGUUAUCCCUACCUUUUCUUCCAUAAUAAAAGUUAUGUUGUGAAAUGUGGUUUAAAAAUAAGGGAAUAUUUUUGCAUAGUCCUUUAAUUCAACCUCUUAUCUCUCUGUUAAGCGAAUUUAUCUGUUAAAAGCUGCACCAACAUGGGCGAAUGAUAGGUUAUAGUAUUAUUGUUUUUGGAUCUAUUCCUUAUAGAAAAAAACUAACACAGCACAAGCCUACCCCACCGCACUGUGCGAGAUUGUAAGGCGUUCACACGAAGUAGGUUUGGAAUGCACACUGAGAUACCAUAUUUCUUUUUCAAAGAUUUUGUAAAGCAAACAAAUUGGAUUAAUCGUUAAACAUUUAAACAUGAUAUAUUUUACUGAUCUUCAGCCUUUUCAGUUGGAGAAAUUCUUGACUGCUCUCCCUGUUAGCAUAGGCAACAAGGACAUGGAGAGUUACAUGUCAUGAACAAUACAACCAGCAUUAUGUGUUCCAUUUUAGAUUGUUGCAGGGUUUUCUUGAUCCAACGUUCCGGUUCUCUCAAAAAGUGGUGCGUUUAUAAUGAAAAUUAUACCGCCAAAAAGCCUGGAGACUAAA